AUGCCUCCAAUACCGUCUGAACCAGAGAAUAUAUCACUUAUACAUCCAAAGGUACUACUUCUUUCCGCAGGAGUAACGACUUCGUUAUUUUUGUCGUACAAGUUCUACAAACGGUACGUUCGUCGUAUUCGCAACUAUCUUGAUUUGACGCCAGAAAUACUUGAUAGACAGACACCGUUGUAUGGGAGGGUGACUAGAGUUGGCGACGGGGAUAAUUUCAGAUUUUAUCAUACGCCAGGAGGAAUACUUUUCGGGUGGGGGUGGUUGAGACAUGUUCCUACGAAAAGACAGGAAUUGAAAGAUGAGACGCUAAUGGUAAGAUUGUGUGGCGUUGAUGCGCCAGAAAGAGCCCAUUGGGGGAAGCCAGCGCAGCCAUACUCCGAAGAAGCGUUGGCGUGGUUGAAAAAUUACAUAUUUGGGAGGAAUGUGGUGGUUACGCCGUAUCUGAUUGACCAGUAUAAAAGAUUAGUUGGGAGAGCCCAGGUUUGGAAAUGGACCGGUAAAAAAGAUAUCAGCGCAGAGAUGCUUAGGAAUGGACUAGGGGUAGUAUAUGAAGGGAAAAUAGGAGCGGAGUUUGGAGACAAUGAAUCGUGGUAUAGAAAAUUGGAAGCAAGGGCGAAAUGGCUACGUAGGGGUCUUUGGUCGCUCGGAAGUAGUAUGACUACACCCGGCGAGUUCAAGAAAGUUCACUACAGAGGUGACUCCUAG